AUGGCUGUGAUGCGUAUUACUCGCCCGGUGGGCAUCUAUGUCCCCAGUUCACCCAACCAUCUCACCAACGAAAUGAUCUCACCACCACUCCCAUCCGACUUCAACUUCGACGCAGAGAUCCUAAUCCCAUCAAUUCUACCCGCCCUAGAAUACAUAUCCUCUAAACUACAACAAAGAAUGAUGCACAUCAGCCUCCUAGUCGGCCGCGGAAAGCCAUUCCCAACAGGCGAGGCCUCCGACCUAAUGAUAAUCCCAACAACACGCCUAGAUACAGCGUCAUGGCGAGUCCUAGAGCGAGCAAUUGCAAAGGCAUCAAAGAAGUUCUCUCUCGGCCAGAGCUGGAGCGAAGCCCUAAACCGCAGCCAGUUCGAGCGCCACGCAAACGAAUACCUCAUCAAGCAGUCCAUCGAGCAGAACGAAGUCGUCUUCAGUCAAGAGGGACUGACUCUUCUCAACAUGGACCGCAUCUACACAUUCAAGCGCAGACUAUGCGUCCUCUCCAACAAACCGUUUUCGCGGACGGAUGAACAGUCUUUGAAUUCCUGUGUGCAGCUCCUGCAUCGCCUCAUGGCUGAUUUUCAGGGUCGGCAGUUCACAAAGGCUUUCUUCCACCGUAUAUAUGAGCAGCUGGAUGUCAAGGAUGAUCUCCUCACUGCUGUCGCGGCUGCUUAUAAGAGUAGCCAUGAGCAGGAAGCUAUCAUCUUGCCCCCGCCUGUGAAAGCUGUGACCCAUGCGAAAGCUGAGCAGUCGACGAAGAAGUCGCCUGUUCGUCCGAGGCCUGUGCGGGCGAAGCGACAGCCUCCCGUGUCUAGAUCAGGGCUCCCUCAUAAACGGGGGCCUAAAACUCCCCUUUCGGCGUCGGACGUGACUCCUAUCACCAGGAAUGAGUGGAACAUGCUUCUUAGUCAUGACAUUCGUGAGAUCAAGCCGGCUGUUACGAAGUGGACUCCUUCGCCCACUGUCUUUGCUGUCGCUUGA